AGAAGCGUGAUCCCGUGGACUUAAGUCGCCUACACCCUUCGGAGGAACUGAAGGGAGGCGACUCGCUGCCCUGGAAGACCAAGGUGACUCCUGCAUGGACUGGACUGGCGGCGCGGGUCACCCUGGAGGUCAAAGGUGUGCUUGGAACUGGCUCCCUUCACUUGACUGGCGGGGACGGUACUUCUGUCACCUUCCUUGCUUACGGUAGUCACAGCUGGGCCGCUGGAUCACUCCCCGCCGAUCACACUGGCAGUGAGCGAAACGAGGAACAGAUUGCUCAGCGGGAAGGUGACAAUAACAGUGGCGCUGGUUAUGGGAACCGCCCAGGCCACACCCGCUGGCCGCCUGCCAGUCAGGGGUUUCAGUUUUCCUCUCACGGGGACAAGGCCCUCCCCCCACACCCCCAGCGAUGUGCCCAUUGUUUGCACCGGCCGAUAAAAAUGAUGGCGCCGCCUCGAGGACACCGGUGUACGGCCUGGCGUGUAGGGAGGGGAGGGACGGCCUGAUCCUGGAAGCAACCCACGUGUACACUGACCCCGGCAAGUACCAGGUGGACGCACACUUCCUGGAUGACCUGCUGGGGGUCGUUACGGGAAGGUGGGAGGCCCAGGUGGAGGUGGAGGAGCUGCUGCAGGUGACCCUGGGACCGAGUCAAGCCCUUCCUCUGCAAGAUGGACGGGCCGUCGCCUCUGCCACCCUCUCCCUCACACCCUCCACCGAGUCCCUCCCGCUGCCGUGCCCCGAGGGACUCAUCUCGUGGGCCUGGGAUUUUGGAGACGGCACGGGGGAAGAAGUAGGAGGAGAGUGCACGAGUGAGGAGAGAGAAAAGGAAGAGGAGGAGAGGAUGAGUCGAGAGAGAAAACGUGGGAAGGGCAAGGAUUCAGAUUUUUUAAGGAACGCACAGAAAAGGAGGGAGAACUUUGCUGGACUGGAGGAAAGUGGAGGAGAGGGAAAGAAGGAAGUUGAGAGCACGGACAAAAGAGCUGGAGAGGAGAGGAAGGCGGAGGAGGGAUUGAAAGACCAGAAGAAAGACAGUCCAGAUUCCACUGCUCCUUCACUCUCGUAUUUUACCUCCAGUCUUUCCACCUCCACCACCGCUACUACCACUACUACUUCACUCUCCUCCACCUCCACCUCCACCCACGCAGAUGAUGAUCCUCCCCCGACCACAACCAGCACCAGCAUCACCCUCCACCACACGUACACAGCCCCUGGGACAUUUAACAUGAGUGUAGUGCUGCUGUGUGGCUGUCGCGCCGUGGCCAGGAGGGACAUGGGCCGCGCCUUCACGGUAGCAGUGCCCAUUGGCGAUGUCCAGAUCAGUGCAUCCGAGACUCACCUGCUGCUGCUUCAAGGCGACCGUGGACACCCCCCGGCGACUGAGGAGGUGGUGAUGAUAGUGAAGGUGACCAACGGUUCCCUCCUCCAUCUUGUCACCCUGCACACUGAUGAUGGCACGCAGGUCCCUCUCCAGCCCAUCCUGACCCACCCUACAGGACCCUGGCUGGCCGAGGCGAAGCACAAAUACCAGCUGCCAGGGGAGUACCGGCCGUGGGUGGAAGUGAGCAAUCCGGUGGGCGAGAGGCGGGCGGUUCUCCACACAGUCAUCAAGGUGGAUCAGCCGCCCAACACGCCCAGCACUGGUAUGAGCACGACGGACAAGUGGAGAAAAGAUUUAGCUUGAGCCAGUUUUCACAUCAGCCAUAGUAUCAUCACACAGAGCGACUGAAUCAAGACUAAGUAUACCACACCGUGCAUGAGGCAAAGAAGAAAACUAUAUAGCAUGUAGACUGUGACACUGCCAUACAGUGUUACGAAAACAGUCUUCCUUCCGAUGGCAGAUGAUCAUCGCAAUUCCCUCUUGUAUCGUUGGCUGUUGUCCGAUUGCGUGGAGUUUCGACUUUACUCUUUCUUUAUCAUUGCCCGUACUGGUAUUAUUUCUAUCAAUUAAAGACACGUAUUAUGGAUCACUGAAAAUAUCAACGUAUUAGUUUCUAUCCAUAUAAUACGAUGGCUUAUAAGCUGAAUAGGAAUACCAAGUCAUUUAGCCGCGCGUUGACACAAGGCAGGGAUGGACGGACCAAUCAGCGAGCGGCUUCACUGCCCAGUUAGUCACGUCUCCGCAUGUGGUUGGUGCCGAUGUCAGUGAGUGAGUGAAGUGGUCCCCUGCGGAAAUUAUUCAUAGGUAAAUGUUAUUCCACCUCUAUGUAGCACGGCCUGAGGAGUCCUUAAUCGUGUGCAGGGUAUAGGAAAUUAACUGAGGGAAGUCUUCAGGUAACGCCGCUAUAAAUGUUGUGAAGGCUGGCGAGUGGUGGGGCUGGCCUAGGGUGGCCCGGCGUGGUACUCCCUUCAAGGUGAUUUGCUUAUGUCAUCAUUUAUUUGGAAUGUUCAGUGUGUUCAGUCAUAUCAAAAGGGCGCUUGACCGACCAAGAGGUGAAAUAAUGGUAAGACAAAGAAGCCAUUGACCGCCAUUGUCAGUGUUCGGCUAAGAGUGGCGGUGGUCUCAGCUUGAGUAGGUUAACAAGAACAUCGUAAUUCGUGAAAACCAGUAAUUUCUUCUUAUUUCAGUAUAUUAAUGAUGUUGCAGUGUGAGUGAAGUAAUAUACUCGUCAUAGCUUUAGCUUUUCAUGUUAAGUGGUUGGUUUUGGUUAUUACAGAGUCGUCUGUGCUGUGUUUACCAGCUUUGCCCAGCACUUUUAUAGGAAACUAGCCCAACCCUGUCCCCAUACGCUCUAUCAACAUUUUUAAAAGCAGAAAAUGGUCCUUUAACCCCACAUACUCGUACUGUACCUCUCCCUUCAUACUAAGGAAAUUUUACCGUCACUCUUCUGCCCUGCCCAGCACAUUUUAUAAGCAAAGUAACCCUAUCCACCCCUUGAUACUCGAUCUCAACACUUUUAUCUAGGAAAGCUAACUCUGCCAUCUUGUCUCUGCUUGCCAAUGCACUCAAAUAAAGGGAAACUAUACUAAUGAAUUCUGUCCCUUUUCUGUCUGCUCCAGAAUAGGAAAUCAACUGCGCCGCCCUCUCUCUCUCUCUCUCUCUCUCUCUCUCCUCUCUCUCUCUCUCUCUCUCUCUCUCUCUCUCUCUCUCUCUCUCUCUCUCUCUCCCCACUACGGUUCUAGUGCCACUCAAUCAGGGGGCUCUUGGAACAAGCCACUAAGGGAUGAUGGUUCAUGACCAGCCCUAAUUAAUACAGCAGACUCCCAUAUAUUUCACAUGCUGAGGUUAAUGUUUAUAACGAAUUGAUGUUGAUAACGGGAAAUUAUUAAUGGUAUAAUGGGAUCCCUGAAUGGCAACCGCCUCUUCCUGGUGCUCAUGUCAUAAUUACUAUAUUAUUUAUUUAUUUAUUUAUAUAUAUAGAUAUUUUUUUUUCGCAGAUGAUGUUCAAACUUGAGUGUUUGCAAAUUGAUAUAAAACAACACAUGACAAGUGUUUACUGUGUCUGGGAUGAUUAAAUAAAGCCUGUGUGAUAAAC